GGAAUUCGGCGUCAUUUGUCCAUGUUUUCGCCCUCAGCUAUCCGUAGCGGAGGUUUUCCAGAGUUUUUCUAUGUUUUUUUUUGUACAAAAUAUCUAUUUUCUGUUCAUUAGCGAGGAUUAAGGUAUAACUUUGAUGCGUUUUCUUUUUUAAAUUACGCUACCGUAUCAGUGGAACGUUCGGCACACCGUAAAGCUAUGCUAGAGCAAGCCAACGAUCAACAAACACAGCAAAACACUUUCGGUGCAUCGUCAAUCAAACAAUCCCAAUCCGCCUAAUUCGCGUCGUGUAGCGAAGAGAAUGGCGCAGCGAUUUCCGGCAGCCAGCGGGAUACCCCAGCGAUAUGGGUCGCCCGUACCCAACCCACCGUUUAUGCGUCCGUAUGGUCCAGGCAACAGUUUCGGGCCACGACCGUACGCUUCGCAGCCACAAAUGAGUGGUGGACCACCGUUGCCGACACAGCUGCCACACCAGCGGCCGAUGCACGUCGGGUUUCAGGGCACCAGCAACAGAGGUUCCGGUGGAUCGAGCAGUUCGAGUGGAAAGCGGGGAAGCGUGGAUCGCAAUGCAACGCAUGCCAAGGCAAAUGACCCGCAGGCGAAGAAGCGCAAGAAGCUGGCCGACAAGAUACUGCCGCAGAAGGUACGGGAGCUGGUGCCGGAAUCACAGGCGUACAUGGAUCUGCUCGCGUUUGAGCGUAAGCUGGAUGCGACGAUUACCCGCAAGCGGCUCGACAUCCAGGAAACGCUCAAGCGUCCGAUGAAACAGAAGCGCAAGCUACGGAUCUUCAUCUCGAACACGUUCUAUCCGGCCCAGCAGGAGCCCGAUCCGAUGAAUCCCACCAUGCCGCGGGUGGAACCGUCGUGGGAGUUGCGGGUGGAAGGCCGGCUGCUGGAGGACACCGGCAAACCGGACGGGUUGAAGAUGAAGCGCAAGUUUAGCAGCUUCUUCAAGUCGCUCGUGAUCGAGCUGGACAAGGAGCUGUACGGGCCGGACAACUAUCUCGUCGAGUGGCACCGUACGCACACAACGCAGGAAACGGAUGGGUUUCAGGUGAAGCGUACCGGGGACCGUAACGUACGCUGCACCAUUCUGCUGCUGCUCGAUUAUCAGCCGCUUCAGUUCAAGCUCGAUCCACGGCUUGCCCGCUUGCUGGGUGUGCACACGCAAACGCGCCCGGUGAUCAUUUCGGCCCUGUGGCAGUACAUCAAAACACACCGUCUGCAGGAUGCGCACGAGCGUGAGUACAUUGCGUGCGAUAAGUAUCUGGAGCAAAUCUUUGGCUGCCAGCGGAUGAAGUUUGCGGAGAUACCGCAACGGUUGAACCCGCUGCUACACCCACCGGAUCCGAUCGUGAUCAAUCAUGUGAUUGUGGUGGAGGGUGGUGAAGGGCAGGACGGGAAGCAAACGGCCUGCUACGACAUUGACGUCGAGGUGGACGAUGCCCUGAAGCACCAGAUGAACAACUUUCUGAUGAGUACCGCCAGCCAGCAGGAGAUACAGGCGCUCGAUGGCAAAAUCCACGACACGGUCGAAACGAUCCAGCAGCUGAAGACGAACCGGGAGUUUUUCCUGUCCUUCGCCAAAGAACCGCACACGUUCAUCCACCGGUGGAUUGUGUCGCAGCAGCGCGACCUCAAGAUGAUGACGGACGUCGUUGGCAAUCCGGAGGAGGAACGGCGGGCCGAGUUUUACUAUCAGCCGUGGGCACAGGAAGCCGUGUCGCGCUACUUCUUUGCGAAGGUGAACCAGAGACGAUCGGAGCUGGAGCAAGCGCUCGGUAUUCGCCAUUCGUAAGUGACGCACCCACCGGCCUGAGCUUGAUAACAAUCUGAUUUACAAAUAACGGAAAAGCAUAAUAACACUUUUACAGAAAUCGGUAACAUAAAACGCAGAACCAAACCAAUCCCCAACAUCCACCUCCCCCCCCCCCCCCCUUCCUCCCAAAACCCAGCGUACAAAUCUCACAUCGUGUGCCGGCAAGUAGAGUUAGAUCGUAAGCGAAGAAAAAAAAACAAAAGUGUAUACGUGUAAAUUGUUUUGUGUGUGUGUUUGUGUGUAUGUGGAGGAAGAAAAAAAGGCCAGAAAUAUACCGUGUAUACGAUGACUGUAAUGGUUUCCACGCUAUAAAA